AUGCCGUCCCAGCCAAGCCAUUUCUUCAAUCGAACUCGCUCCAGCUCGCCGUCGGCCCUCUUCCAAUCCUUACCCAUCUCAACAUUUAGAACCCUUUCCUCUUACGGAUUUACCAAGCGCUGCCACGAAGAAGCGGAGGGGGAAGUGCAAGAAAACCCUCCUGGCGGCUGCCCAAGCUCGCCGUCCCCAUCCAGGACUUCACUGGUGUCUCCGAUGGGUUGCUCCGAGUCCGAGAAAUCGCUAAAGCCACCACAUUUCAGGCUUGGUCAAGUGUGCCAGCAGAAGAGAAAGGCAAGAAUUGCAGUUGUUGGUGGUGGUCCUUCUGGCUUGUUUGCUUCUCUUGUUCUUGCUGAGCUUGGUGCAGAUGUGACCUUAAUGGAAAGAGGUCAGCCCGUUGAGCAAACAGGUCGUGACAUUGGUGCUUUGAUCGUUCGCUGGAUCUUAGAAUCUGAAAGCAACUUUUGCUUUGGCGAGGUUCAUUCUUGCUUACUUUUGCCCCUUUUCUUGCACAAUCUGCUUGUUCCUGUGAUAUCAGAGGGAGCUGAAUCAAAGAGCGGCUGUAAUGGGAGAGCAAGACUUUGUGGUGCCUGUGCAGAGAGUUACUUUCUGGACGACAAGUUAUCUGGAUUCAUUUCGGAGGAGGCGCUUCUACAUAGCGUAAAGACAAGAACCAGCUCUCCAGUACAGAUUCCACUUGGCGAAGAGUCCUAUGAGAGCCUACCAUUAAAAUGGCUUUACCCUGUUGGUGAAGGGGCGGGCUGUGCAGAUGGAAUCGCGAGCACAGCAGUUGAUGGAAUGCAAGCUGCAUUUGCUGCGGCAAAGAACUUUGGAUUGUUCCCUGAAGACAUGAACAUGGUCUUGAGCAAAGCAGAACGAGCCUGGUUGGUAAAGUACUGGGAACAACCCAGAAUAUCUAAAUACAUAGUUCAGGGGAGAUCAAAGAGACAGCGAAUUCGUGCCAGCAAUCUGGUGUCUCACUAUGCAUUAACAUUGGUUAGUAUGGUUCCUGUCCAUUCUGUCAGAAUCUUGUGUUGAAAAAGUCUGCUACUUUUGCCUCCAUUUGGGGAAUUAAUCCUCUUUUGCUCUGCUUCAAUCUUUGCGGCCUAUCCAGAUGAUGGCUGGAAAGACCAUAACUUUGCCUUUUCUUCCCACCUUGUUUUUUUCCUCAAAGACUUGCGAGAGUUCAGAAUCCUUUCCAUGGCUGCUUUAAGAAAUCUCUUAUCUCCCAUGAGGAAUCACCCCCAGCACUGCCGUGGAAUCAGAGAACAACCAAUUGCAGCCUAGCUUUUUUUUUUGGGGUCACUUUUGGUACCUGAGUAAUUAGUCUGCAACUGUAAGAGACCUUGAAGGUUUCAUCUUUUCCCCAUUGUUUUUGUGUUUGAAUGUCUGUAUGGUGACACAUGCGAGU